AUGCUCGAUAAAAGGUCUAGUUGCUGCACUUUGCUUCCAUCAAAUGUUCGAAGGCAUGGGUCUUGGCGGUUGCAUCCUCCAGGUACGAUGAUGACAGUGGUAUUUUUCUUCUCAAUUACAACACCACUUGGAAUUGCAAUAGGAAUUGCAAUGUCUAGUAGUUACAAAGAGAACAGUCCAAAAGCAUUAAUCACUGUUGGAUUGCUUAAUGGAUCAUCUGCUGGUCUAUUAAUCUACAUGGCUUUGGUUGAUCUUCUUGCUGCUGAUUUCAUGAGUAAGAGGAUGCAGGGUAGUAUUAAGCUUCAAUUAAAAUCUUAUGUUGCGGUGUUUCUUGGUCAAGGCACUGUGAGAAUGCUCAGCCGUGAGGAGUGGGAGAAGAUUCGGGAACUCCCGCCCAGAACUCCGUUUGAAUCCAAGUUUUCCCGGCCUAAUUCUAGAAUCAGAAUCGGAGAACCAUUGCAUCUGGAGGACUUAAAGGAUUGGACAAUUGAUGUUUUUAUGGAUGGUGUUGCAAGAGCUGAAGAGUACAGUAAACGCAGAAAUACUAAGUAAUGUAACAUGUCAUAAACUUAACCUUUGUAUUACCCCAUUAGUUAAUUUAUUAUAUGCAGUGGUGAUUUCUGUUUUGAGAUUGUGUGUAAUCAUAUUAACUACCUCAAUUACCUUCAUUUUCAAUCUGCAAAUUGCAUGAACUAUUUGGCAAACAGGUAGCCAAAUGCAAAGUGGUAUAUCUUUAUGUAGUUAUGUUCUUUUUUAUGCUCGUUUAAGACAAUAACAGACAAUUAGUGGUGUACACUUAUCGAAAUA